AUGAAAAUAGAGAAUUCUGAAAAUGAUAUUUACAAUCACUUGUAAGAUGAUGCAAUAAACUAAACUCAAGAUAAUUUAGAUGAUUAAGGAUAAUUAGAAUAGAAUGCUUAGAAUACUUCUUGGUUUGCAAGAACUUGUGGAACUAUGAAAAAAGGAUCACUGAGAUAAUCUAUAAUUGCUCUUAUGUGUGCUGCAAUGGGUUCAGGAAUGUUAUCCUUUCCAUGUAUAUUUAUAUUUAUUUUAAUAUUAUAGCAAAUCCUGUUUAAUCUGGAUUAAUUAAUAGCAUCAUAUUGAUGAUUAUAUGUGCAUUAUUGUCUAGAUUUUCUAUGCAUANACAGGUAAAAAUUAUUCAUAUUAUUAUUAGCAAUUAAAUGGGGUAGAAAUAUUUAUGAUUGUAUUAGAAAAUUUAUCUAAUUUUAAUUGACUGUUAAUAUUGUAGCAUUAUUUAUGGCUUUUUUAGGAGCUGUCAUUCUAAAUUAAUCUCCUCUUAAUACUAUUUAAAUGUUAUGGGUUAAUUUAAUUAUGGAUACUUUUGCUUCUUUAGCAUUGGCAACAGAACCACCUAGUGCUGCACUUUUGGAUAGAUAACCAUAUAAAAGAACCUAACCAAUUGUUUCAGCAUAUAUGUAUAGAACAAUAUGCUGUCAAAGUCUCUAUUAAUUGGCUGUUCUUAAUUGUAUUUUAUUUCUUUAUCCUUCUGAUGAGGUAUUUAAUUAAUUAUUAUAAAUUAGUUGACUAAACUCAGUAUCUUUUUUUAAACUUUUGUAAUUAUGUAAGUUUUCAAUUCAAUAACUUGUAGACAGUUAGAUUAUCAAUCACUUAAUCCAUUUAAUAAUUUAUUCAAUAAUGGAAUGUUUUGGUUAAUAUAAUUAUUAACAGUAGCAAUUUAAUUUGCAUUGUUAGAAUUUGCUGCAAGUUAUGUUAAAGUGAGAUAAUUAACACUAAUUGAACAUUUGAUAUGUACAGGAUUUGGUGUUUUGGGAAUACUAGCUGGAAUAAUAUUUAAAUUAAUACCUGAAGGUUGUUGGAGGAAGGUACAUCUAUUUAAAGAGACAGAAAUAGCAGAGGAAAAUAUGGAUGCUACAUUGACAAGUUAAUUGAGAAGAAAAUCUUCAUAAAGAUUGCAUUCAAAAGUAAUGAUCAAUGUAAAAAGUGGAGAACAUAAAUGA